AUGGACUUGGAGAAUUUGAAGCCGUUCAUGGCGAUGGUGGGUGUAGAUUUUGGGUAUGCCGUAGUGAAUAUUCUGAUGGAGGCAGCUCUUAGCCAUGGAAUGAACCACUUGACUCUCAUCACUUAUCGCCUCUGCAUCGCAUCCAUUUCCUUGGGCCCCAUCGCAUACUUUUAUGAAAGGGAUGGUCGAGGCAAACUCUCCUUUCGUAUCCUCUCUUAUUUGUUCUUAAGCUCCAUUCUUGGGGCUUCGCUCACCCAAUACUGCUUUCUUCUGGGCAUCGAACACACCUCCGCUACUUUCGCCUGUGCAUUCCUCAACAUGAUCCCUGUCGCCACUUUUCUCAUGGCUCUUCUCUUUAGGUUGGAGAAGGUGAAGUUGAAAUCCAACAGUGGAAAAGCCAAGAUGCUGGGAACCGUGAUUUGCAUCUCCGGCGCGGUGCUGUUGAUCACGUUCAAAGGACCAGCUUUGGCCAACGGUUCAUACGUCGCCAAGAAAGCUGCCGCCGCCGCGGUGAAGAAGACGAAUCAGACGUUGGGGUGCAUAGCUCUGGUGGUCGGAACUCUACUGUGGUCGUCAUGGUUUCUCCUGCAGUCAAAGAUCGGGAAGAGAUAUCCGUACGAGUACUCCAGCACCGCCAUCAUGUCCUUCUUCGGUGCCGCCCAAUCCGCCGUCUUCAGCCUCUCCACGGGCGCCACUCUUUCCUCUUGGGCCCUCCAUGGCAACAUUCAAAUCAUCACCGUUGUGUACUCUGGGAUGAUCGGAUCGGGGCUGUGCGUGGUGGGAACCUCAUGGUGCGUUAAAAAGAGAGGUCCAGUUUUCACUGCAGCCUUCAACCCCUUGGUUCAGAUAAUUGCAGGCAUGUUCGACAUCCCCUUCUUCCACGACCCACUCUAUCUCGGGAACGUGUUGGGGUCGCUGAUGGUAAUAAUUGGACUCUACAUUUUGCUGUGGGGAAAGAGCCAGGAAAUGGAGGGCUCUGUUUCGAAGGUGGUGGCCAUGGACCAAAUUACAACUACAGCUGCUGAAGAUUGUGAGAUCAAAGAAUUUAAACAUGAUGAUAAUCCAUAG